CGGCGGGCGGCAGCGCAGCGCAGAGCACCGCAGCGCGAUGGCCGUGGCCGUGGGCAGACCGGCGAACGAUGACCUCAGGAACCUGUCCCUGUCCGGCCACGUGGGCUUCGACAGCCUCCCGGACCAGCUGGUCAACAAGUCAACGUCACAGGGCUUCUGCUUCAACAUCCUCUGUGUGGGUGAGACUGGCAUUGGCAAGUCGACGCUCAUGGACACCCUGUUCAACACCAAGUUCGAGAGCGAGCCCGCCACGCACAACGAGCCCGGCGUGAGGUUGAAAGCGCGGAGCUACGAGCUCCAGGAGAGCAACGUGCGCCUCAAGCUGACCAUUGUGGACACGGUGGGCUUUGGAGAUCAGAUCAACAAGGAUGACAGCUACAAGCCUAUAGUGGAAUACAUUGAUGCCCAGUUCGAAGCCUACCUGCAGGAAGAGCUGAAGAUCAAGAGAUCCCUGUUCAACUACCACGACACGCGCAUCCACGCCUGCCUCUACUUCAUUGCUCCCACCGGACACUCGCUCAAGUCCCUGGACCUGGUCACCAUGAAGAAGCUCGACAGUAAGGUGAACAUCAUCCCCAUCAUAGCCAAGGCUGACACCAUUGCAAAGAACGAGUUGCACAAGUUCAAGAGUAAAAUCAUGAGCGAGCUGGUCAGCAACGGCGUCCAGAUCUACCAGUUCCCGACGGACGAGGAGACGGUGGCCGAGAUCAAUGCCACCAUGAGUGUCCACCUUCCUUUUGCCGUGGUUGGCAGCACUGAAGAAGUGAAGAUUGGCAACAAGAUGGCAAAAGCCAGGCAGUACCCCUGGGGUGUGGUGCAGGUGGAAAAUGAAAACCACUGUGACUUUGUGAAGCUGCGGGAGAUGCUGAUCCGAGUGAACAUGGAGGAUUUGAGGGAGCAGACGCACACCCGGCACUACGAGCUCUACCGGCGCUGCAAGCUCGAGGAGAUGGGCUUCAAGGACACGGAUCCAGACAGCAAACCUUUCAGUCUCCAAGAGACUUAUGAAGCGAAGAGGAACGAAUUCCUGGGCGAACUGCAGAAGAAGGAGGAUGAAAUGAGGCAGAUGUUCGUGAUGCGAGUGAAGGAGAAGGAGGCAGAGUUGAAGGAAGCAGAGAAGGAUCUCCACGAAAAGUUUGACCAUCUAAAGAGGACUCACCAAGAAGAGAAGAAAAAGGUGGAAGACAAAAAGAAGGAACUUGAGGAAGAGCUGAGCAACUUUCAAAAGAAGAAGGCAGCAGCUCAGCUAUUACAGUCACAGGCUCAGCAGGCAGGGUCUCAACAAACCAAGAAAGACAAGGACAAGAAAAACUUCUUCUUUAUGUAACGGUCACCUUGCCAAAGCCCCCACACCCCCUCUCCCAGUGGACCAUAGGGCACUGGAAGAGCUGCGGAUCCGGGCAGCCCUGGCACGAGAAGAGCCAUCUCAUUCCUCCAUCACGCGUGUCCUCCUCUCCUUCCCCCUUUGUUCCCACCCGUG